AUGGAAAACCACGAGCGUGCGGAACGCGAACUGUUGGAGCAGUGCGGCCGCUACCUUGGCGGAGUGUUCGCAUGGAUGCGACGAUGCGACGAGUGCGUCGAGAGCUUGGAGGAGCUCUGCCGCACCAAGCGUCCGCGUCUUGCCGUCGGGCACAGACAAUCCGCGGUGGCGAGAAUCGCGCGACUCACGGGUGCGAGGACGCAGUUGGAACGACGGUUCGUACACGUGGGUGGUGGCGGUGGUGAUCGCGAUAGAUCUCUAGCGUGGCGCGAGAUCGACGCCGCGUUCGAGAGGCGUGUUCUAACCGGUGCGGUGAUAAACUUUGAACACAUAGAACCGCGACAGUUUUUGGAAGACGCCGGUAGUGUGGUGCUCGAGCGAGUGCGAGGCGCUAUAGAGAGACACGGUAGCGUGAAGGUGUACACCGCGUUCAACGGCGAGUUCAUUGCGGGCGAUAAACGCACCGUUAUGAGUAUAAACAGUAAAAACUGCGAACUGUAUCCAGCGUCGAAUGUGGGCGAGUGGUACGUGUCGCGCGUUAUCGAGCCUACGUUGGCGUCGCUCGAAGAGCACCAGGAGCGCGAUAGCGGGUGGGCGCUCUCGCGAAUCCUGAACUUGACGGUGAACGUGAACAAACUUAAUCCUAUGCACGCGGGAUGCUAUGUCAAGUGUCAAAGAAAAUUAAGGACAAUGCUCAACUUCGCGGAUAUCGAAUUUCCAGUGAAAUUAAAAGACAUUUCGAAAUUCGAACGCUCGAACAAUGUGUCGGUCAACGUCUACGGUAUCGAGGACGGGGACAUCCUACCUCUUCGGCUCACCGACGACAAGAGGGAGAAGCACGUCAAUCUCCUGUACGUGCAAGACGGCAACACGGAACAUUUUGUGUGGAUUAAGCAUCUGUCACGCCUCGUUAGCACGCAAAUCAACAAAUAUGUGCGCAAGAAAUAUUUCUGCGACCGUUGCCUCCACUACUUCAAUACCAGCCAAAAAUUGGAGAUCCACAGCGAGGACUGCGGUAAAUUAAACAAGUGCGCUAUCCGCCUACCUAGCGAGGAGAAAAAGUGGUUGGAGUUCCACAACUACGGCAUGAAGGAGCGGGCGCCGUUUGUAGUGUACGCCGACCUGGAGUGCGUCUUGCAAAAGACGGAAGACGCUGCAUCAACAUCGACAUCGUCGUACGCGUACCAGCAACACGAGGUAUUUAGUAUAGGGUACUACGUGCGGUGCUCGUACGACGAUACGUUAUCGGCGUAUCGGUUUCGUCGCGAUAACGACUGCAUCAGCUGGUUCGCGCGCCAGCUCGAGGACUUGGCGCACCGCGCGAAAGCUAUAAUAUCCGCUAACCAGCUUAUGGAUUUCACGCGAGACGACUGGCAGAAAUUCAACAGUGCAACGCACUGUCACAUCUGUGAGAGGCCGUUCGCGCCGGGUGACGAGCGGGCACGCGAUCACUGCCACCUCACCGGGCGAUACCGCGGCCCAGCGCAUAAAGGAUGCAACGUAAAUUAUAAGGACUCUCUCUACAUACCGGUUGUAUUCCACAACCUAUCGGGAUACGACGCGCACUUCGUUAUAAAAGAAAUCGCUACAAAAUUCAAGGGGCAAGUAGAUCUACUUCCUCUGACUAAAGAAAAAUACAUUUCGUUCACUAAAUACGUUAAAGACACUAGUGACGAAGAUUCGCGAAAUUGCGUUAAAUUAAGAUUUAUCGAUUCUUAUAAAUUUUUGAGUUCGAGUCUAGAUAAAUUAGCGUCUUAUCUCGAGAAGGAUAAGUUAAAAAUUGUGAGAUCCGAAUUUUCGAGUCUGUCGGACGAAGAUUUCAAUCUGCUUACUCGUAAAGGAGUAUUUCCUUACGAGUACGUAGAUUGCGUCGAAAAACUGAACGAUACACGCUUACCGCCGCGUGAAUCGUUUCACAGCUCGCUGACGGGUGAUACAGUGUCCGAGAGCGAUUACGCGCACGCCGCGAACGUAUGGAAGCGGUUCUCCGUGCGAACCCUCGGCGAGUACAGCGAUCUGUACUUGAAAACCGACGUAUUGUUAUUGACCGACGUUUUCGAAAAUUUUCGCGAAAGUUGCGUCGCGAGUUACGGUCUCGAUCCCGCGCAUUACUACAUAUUGCCCGGUUUCACGUGGGACGCUAUGCUGAAACACACGCGCGUGAAAUUCGAGUUGCUCACCGAUAUAGAUAUGGUGAUGUUUAUCGAGCGCGGUAUACGCGGUGGCCUAAGUCAAUGUUCCGGCAGAUACGCAAAGGCCAAUAACAAGUACAUGGAGUCGUACAACUCGUCGGAACCGUCGUCGUAUUUAAUGUACUACGACGUUAACAACCUGUACGGAUGGGCGAUGUGCCAACCGCUGCUAUACGCAGAUUUUCAAUGGGUCAAAGACGCCGCGAACUUCGACGCGAACGCGAUCGCUCCGGAUUCGCCCACCGGGUACAUUCUCGAAGUAGAUCUCGAGUAUCUACAACAUCUUCACGACGCGCACGCUGACCUACCGUUCUGCCCGAUGGGCGAUAAGCCGCCCGGCAAGCGCGAGAAUAAACUGCUCGCGACUCUGUACUAUAAACAGCGUUACGUCAUUCAUUACCGUAACCUUCGGCAAUGCAUACAUCACGGCCUUCGCGUAACGAAGAUCCAUCGCGUGUUACGAUUCGCUCAAUCAGCCUGGCUCCGUGAUUACAUCGAAUUGAACACGCAAUUCAGAACGCGCGCGAAAAACGAUUUUGAAAAAAAUUUAUACAAAUUGAUGAACAACGCGGUAUUCGGUAAAACGAUGGAGAACGUGCGCGAUCGCGUCGACGUGAAAUUAGUCACUACAUGGGACGGGCGGUACGGCGCGGAGGCAUUGAUCGCGAAACCGAAUUUCCACAGCCGCAGCGUCUUUGCGGAAAACUUAAUCGCCGUUGAAUUGCGUAAACUCGAGGUGAAAUUCGACAAGCCGAUUUACGUAGGUAUGUGUAUACUCGACAUAUCAAAAGUCUGCUUGUACGAGUUUCACCACGAGUACAUGGUACCUAUGUUUAAGGAAAAAUGUAAAAUUAUGUACACCGACACGGACAGUCUCAUUUAUCGCGUCGAAUGCGACGACGUGUACGCGGCGAUGAAACGCGAUAUCACUAGAUUCGAUACGAGCGACUAUCCGACGGACAACGCGUGCGGUAUAUCUCUCGCGAACAAGAAGAUGCCCGGUCUUAUUUCCGGCGAAGGACGAAAACAACGGCGCGAUAAUGACCGAGUUCGUUGGACUCAGAGCGAAGAUGUACGCGUUGCUCGUGGACGGAAAGAGAGACACGAAGAAGGCAAAGGGUGUAAAGAGCAGCAUCGUAGCGCGAACGAUAACGUUCGACAAUUACACCCGAUGCUUGAACGAAGAGAUGGAAAUGACGCGUAG